GCGGGAGCGGCGGGACCAUGGCGCUGUCGCUGGGCGAGGGCGGCGGCGGCGGGAGCCGGCUGCGGCGGCAGCUGGAGUCGGGCGGCUUCGCGGCGGGGGAGUACGUGAAGCAGCUGUCGCAGCAGUCGGACGGUGACCGGGACCUGCAGGAGCACCGGCAGCGCAUCCAGGCGCUGAGCGAGGAGACCGCGCAGAGCCUGAAGCGCAACGUGUACCAGAACUACCGGCAGUUCAUCGAGACGGCGCGGGAGAUCAGCUACCUCGAGAGCGAGAUGUACCAGCUCAGCCACAUCCUCACCGAGCAGAAGGGCAUCAUGGAGGCCGUCACUCAGGCCCUGCUCCUCCAGGCCGACCGCGACGACCCCGCGCUGGGCGCUCGCCGCGCCGCCGCCGCCGACCCCUUCCUGCCGCUGUCGGCCAAGGAUGCGGCGGCCAGCGAGGAGGGGCGGCAGCGCACCCUCACAACCCUCCUGGAGAAGGUGGAGGGCUGCCGCGACCUCCUGCCUGAGAGCCCUGGCAAGUACCUGGUGUACAACGGGGACCUGGUGGAGUACGACGCGGACCACAUGGCGCAGAUCCAGCGGGUCCAUGCCUUCCUCAUGAACGACUGCCUGCUCGUGGCCACCGCGCUGCCCAACCGGCGCGGUGCCUACCGCUACGACGCCCUGUACCCCCUCGACGGGCUGGCCGUGGUCAACGUCAAGGACAACCCGCCCAUGAAGGACAUGUUCAAGCUGCUCAUGUUCCCCGAGAGCCGCAUCUUUCAGGCUGAAAACGCCAAGAUCAAGAAGGAGUGGCUGGAGGUGCUGGAGGAGACCAAGCGCAACCGGGCCCUCAGCGAGAAGCGGCGCCUGGAGCAGGAGGCCCUGCCCCGGCCUGCCCCAACACCCCCCGAAUCCACCAACCCCUUCGAUGAGGAGGAGGAGGAAGAGGAGGAGGAAGAGCCCUCUGCUGAGGAGGAGGUUGUAGACCUCUCACUUGAGUGGAUCCAGGAGCUGCCUGAGGACCUGGAUGUCUGCAUUGCACAGCGGGACUUCGAGGGGGCAGUGGACCUCUUGGAUAAACUCAAUGAGUACCUGGGGGACAAGCCUGUGAGCCAGCCCGUGAAGGAGCUGCGGGCCAAGGUGGACGAGCGGGUCCGGCAGCUCACAGACGUGCUGGUGUUCGAGCUGUCUCCAGACCGGUCGCUGCGAGGAGGGCCGCGGGCCACCCGCCGAGCUGUGUCCCAGCUCAUUCGCCUGGGACAGUCCACCAAGGCCUGUGAGCUCUUCCUGAAGAAUCGGGCAGCCGCGGUGCAGACGGCCAUCCGACAGCUGCGCAUCGAGGGUGCCACGCUGCUCUACAUCCACAAGCUCUGCCACGUCUUCUUCACCAGCCUUCUAGAGACGGCCAGAGAGUUUGAGACGGACUUCGCUGGCAACAACGGCUGCUACUCGGCCUUCGUUGUCUGGGCCCGCUCUUCCAUGAGGAUGUUUGUCGAUGCCUUCAGUAAGCAAGUGUUUGAUAGCAAAGAGAGUUUGUCAACUGCGGCAGAGUGCGUCAAGGUAGCUAAAGAGCACUGCAAGCAGCUUAGCGAGAUUGGACUGGAUCUCACCUUUAUCAUUCAUGCCCUUCUGGUGAAGGAUAUCAAAGGCGCUUUACAGAGCUACAAGGAUAUCAUCAUCGAGGCCACCAAGCACCGCAACUCUGAGGAGAUGUGGAGAAAGAUGAACCUAAUGACUCCAGAGGCACUGGGGAAGCUCAGGGAGGAGAUGAGGAGCUGUGGGGUGGGCAAUUUUGACCAAUACACAGGUGAUGACUGCUGGGUCAACCUUAGUUAUACUGUAGUAGCUUUCACUAAGCAGACUAUGGCCUUCUUGGAGGAAGCUUUAAAGCUUUACUUUCCAGAGCUGCAUAUGGUUCUUUUGGAGAGUCUCGUGGAAAUCAUCCUGGUGGCCGUCCAGCAUGUUGAUUACAGUUUACGCUGUGAACAGGACCCUGAGAAAAAGGCAUUCAUUAGGCAGAACGCCUCUUUCCUGUAUGAAACUGUCCUUCCUGUUGUGGAAAAAAGAUUUGAGGAAGGAGUUGGAAAGCCAGCCAAGCAGCUACAGGAUCUGAGAAAUGCUUCAAGAUUGAUGCGUGUAAAUCCGGAAAGUACCACCUCUGUGGUGUGAAGUGACCUAACUGUUCCUGUGGACAAAGUGUGGAAGCACUUACUGAAAAUGUUGUACAUUGAAUAUAUGAACUCAAUAGGGUUUUUUUGAGUCCCUGAAAAAUGCAGAACUCUGAACUGCUGCAUUCCAGAAGCUGAAGAUUUAGAAUCAAUGCCUGCAAGCAUGGAAUGCUUUACUUGGUGGAUGGGGGCUGGGAAGGUGAGAAGGUCGAGGUCACAUGUCCUCGGAUGGCAUAUCCUGUAAGAAGGGCUUUUGUAGUGUUUGUGAUUUGGGAAAUAACUGUAAUACAAUUUUUGGCUAAUUGUCUGUGAAAGUCUUAAAUAUAUGUACAGCAUAUGACAGGAAAAGAUCAGUUCUCAUCAUGUCACUGUAGGAAUUCUUUAAGGCAGAGUUCUGAUAGGAGGGGAAGUGCUGGAGCACUCCCAGGGUGUGGUAUUUGGUGAGGCACGUCCACCAUCCAGAUGUGACUCAGCACUGCAGAUAAAUGACAUGGAUUUGCACAGUGUGAUUUGUGUGGUAACAAUGCAGACUUUUCCAUUUUUGUAAUAUUCAGAUUAUCUUCAUUUCAGAGGCAGAUCUAAAUUAAAAAUGUUUUCAGUAUAAGUUUUGGUGUUUGGGUGAAGGGGCUUCUUCUUUUAAUAAGCUGGCCUGUCAGCUUAAAUUGCAGCUCUCUGAAAACAAACCUGCUGUCAGAACCAUUUGUUCCCUUCAAGAGGAGUGAGAAUAAACUGCAUCCCUUACUCUCUGUGUUCCUCUUCCAUGUUUUCUCAUAGAUUUCAUUGGGGUCAUGUCCACUGAAUGAAGUGUGCACUGUUUCUUGAGGUGCUGUCAUAAAUGCGUUAUAGGCCUUUAUCUGCUGGUAGAAACCAGAGUGAAGAGGCCUAAAUGUUGCUGAGACUUGCGAGGCAGGGAGAGAGUCUGAAGGUGCUGUUUUGUUUGGAAGAGACAGAAUGCUAGUUUUGCUGUACAGAAGCAGCACCUGAUGAAGAGACUGUGUUGAGGCUUUUGGUAAAUGAUGUGAUCUCCAAAUUACAGAGUCUCCUGCAAAUGCUAUCGUUUCGUGUAAUACAGCAAUAACCAGUGAGAACUACCUUUUUUGCAGAAAUCACAAAGAUUUGCUUGGGAACUCUGAUGUUAAUGGGAGAAGUUUAUACAAACGCUUGUAUGUUUGGAUUGAAUGGUGAUGGCUGUCUGGUGCAGUGUAUGUCUGUGAAAAUAAAAUAAGCCAAGUCUUGUGUCAAGGCUGGCUUUAGAAAGCUGUCAGCAUCAACUUCUGAGCUGGGUAAACUUCUUCCCCUUUGAUACAAACUUUCUUAUUUGUGAGAAAAUCAUGUUACAGCUAAAUAACCUUGUACUAGUCCCUCAGUAAGUGUUCUUUACUGUAAUAAUUGAGUAUCCUGUUCCUCUAGCACUUCUGAAUUAAAGCUUUUGCAAUUUCUAUUGUGUUAAUGAAUGCCUUGUGACUGCCCGAACAAACAGCAGAUGUCACUAGUAAAACAUUCUGCAUAACUGCUUAUACUGGAGCUUCUUCAUUUCUGCCUAUUUUCACAGUGCUAGUUCAAUGCAGUUUUCACUUCAGUGGCUGGUUUUUGUUCUCUUGCUCUUUGAAUGCCUUUUGAACUGUCAGAUUUUGCAAAGCAUCCUACUGCCUCUGCUCACUUGCUUUUCAGUGUGUGGGCCUUUUGCUAGCAAAUCAUGGAAGUAAUACAAAAUGUUUCUAAAGGGUAACUUAACUCAUUGCUCCUAGCUGAAACUGAUUGAAAGCCACUGAAAUAGCUCUAGUUUUGUUUUGAAGGACAGGGACAGUGAGAGUUAGAACUUAUGUGAACAUGUUAUGUCCAAGAGAGAGCCCCACGGGUUAUUUCACUAGUGAACUAUUUUUGAUACCAUAACCUAGUGAAGUAUAGCAAAGUGAUACAAUCCCUGUCAUGUUGAAAGUGGGCCAAGAUAGCAACCUGGCCUAACUUAAUCUGAGAAAUACUUUCAAGUGGAUUAUAAGUGAGAGCUCUCUGUGGUGAUGGGUGUUUUGGAGGAGAGGGAAUGGCUUUUUUUUUUUUUUUAAGAACACAGGUAUAUUUCAUUAUUUUCUUUACAGCAGAAGAAAGCAGAAUAAAUACAGAUGAGCCUUUUUGUGUGUGUGUGUGUGUGUGUGUGUGUAAGAGAAGGGUAAGAUCUGGGACUCGACUGAUUAUGGCGAUGCUUGAGGAUUUUACAUAAGAAGCUGAAUUAUAGCUUCCUGAUUCCCAGCGUUGGCAUAAGAUUGGAUAGGAGAACAGCCCUAUUCACGCUUCUAUUUCAAGGUGGUGCUUACUCUCAUCGGAGGACAAAAUGUAGAAUGUAAUUCUGCCAUGUGCUCUGUUAUGCCUCUGUCACUGAGCCCUUCAUCAAUCUAUUUAUAGCACACAGAGCCUACUGAUUUUGUCUUUGCUGUCAUCCAUGGAGCAGUGGGCUUACACUGAUGUUGGUUUUAGUGGAUCAGGGAAUCUAGCAAUUCAUUUGGGUCAUCAUAUAUUCUGUUCUUGUGCCUGUCGCAAUUCAAACACACCUGUGGAUUUGUAUAAACUGCACUAGGUAGCAUUGAUAUUUUGCAACUUGUGAAUCUAUUGAAGUCAUAGUAAAAGAAAAACAAUAAUAUGAAGAAAAUGGUGUGCAAUUAAAUGAAACAUGCUUUGUUAGUUCAGUUAACAGAAAAAAAUUAUGAUAACAGUUUUGUUGAUUUGAGAAAGAACUAGGUUGUUGGGGUUUUUUUUCUUUACACAACUGCAUAUAAAAUCUGGUUUCCUUUAGCUGCUGUGAAAAAAUUGUGAUGUGUAAAAUGAAGAUUUUUUUUUUAAUUGAGAUGAACUUAUAUAAGGAUUUAAUGCAAUAACUUUUCUGAACAAUGAAGACCAUGUAUUAAAACUUCUAGCCAUACGACA